GGGGAUUUGGGGGGGGUCCUGAAGAGUUUUGGGGGCUCUGGGGAGAGAUUUUAGGUUCAAAAUUCCCUCAUUUUACAUCCAAAAAUCACCAUUUUGGGACCCAAAGUUCCCAUUUUUUGGCCAAAAAUACCAACUUUGGGUUUAAAAAUGUCCAUUUUAGGUCCAAAAAUACCCAUUUUGGGGCUAAAAAAUCUCAUUAUUUGGCCCAAAACACCCACUUUAGGUCCAAAACCACCCAUUUUAGGACCAAAAAUACCCCCCAUUUUAGAACCAAAAAUAACCAUUUUUUUUAAGCAAAAUUGUCCAUUUUAGGACCAAAACCAUCCUCCAUUUUAGGACCAAACCCACUCCUCAUUUUAGGGCCAAAAUUACCCAUUUUUUUUAACCGAAACAGUCCAUUUUAGGACCAAAACCACCCCCCAUUUUUAAGACCAAAAAUACCCAUUUUUUGGUCCAUUUUAGGACCGAAACCACCCCCCAUUUUAGCACCAAAAAUACCCAUUUUUUUUAACCAAAACUAUCCAUUUUAGGACUGAAACCACCCCCCAUUUUAGCACCAAAAACACCCAUUGUUUUUUAACCAAAACUAUUCAUUUUAGGACCGAAACCACACCCGUUUUAGGACCAAAAAUCCCCAUUUUUUGGUCCAUUUUAUGACCAAAACCCACCCGUUUUAGCUCCAAAAACCCCCAUUUGAGGGGAAUCCCCGUUUUUGUCGGAAUUCCCGCCUCCCCCUGACCCUUUUUCCCUCUUUUUCCCCCUUUUUCGCCCCUCCAGGCUCACCAUGCCCCCCCCGCGCUGCUCCCGCUGCCCCUCUCCCUCCUCCCUGCUCCGCUCCCGCUCCCUCCUCCCCUUCUGCCGCAGCUGCUUCGUCGCCGCCUUCGAGGCUGAGACCCUCCGGGCCCUGCUGGGGGACCCCUCGGGGACCCCCAAACCCGGGCAGGGGGUGGCCGUGGCGGCCUCGGGGGGCAAAGAUUCCACGGUGCUGGCCCACGUUCUGUCCCGGCUGGAUCGAUCCCAGGGCUUGGGGCUGAGGUUGGCGCUGCUGGCGGUGGACGAGGGCAUCGCCGGCUACCGGGAGCCCUCCCUGGUGGCCCUGCGGGACGUGGCGCUGGCCCUGCCCCUGCCCCUGGUGGUGGUGGAGCACCGGGAGCUCUUCGGGGUCACCGUGGACCAGGCGGGGCCGGCGCUGGGCGGGAGGAGGAGCCGCUGCACCCUCUGCGGGGUCCUCAGGAGGAGGGCGCUGGAGAGGGGGGCCGGGGAGAUGGGGGCGGACUGGAUCGUGACUG